AUGUCCGCAACAAAGGCGACAUAUAUAAAACGAAAGCCGGUUGAACGUCCUGUUCUUGAACGUCCAGUCGAACGUCCAAUAGACGAUGACGUUCCGGUUAGUCCUGGAGUAUAUCCUACAAAAAGAUCUGACCUCGCUUUCCUCUCCCAGAAGCCACGCACUCCUGCAAAAUCCCCACUCCGCAACUCGGGCCAAGUUUCCACAUCCAGCUCAAUCCAAACAACAAUAGUACCUGUCACAUCAACAAUUCAAAUACUACCGACAGCAACAGACGCUAAGCCUCAAUUACCUAUAGGGUCGGAAAGAUUGUCAAUAGAUACGUCUUCCACUACCGUCAAAGCGCUUGAGGAGUCUGAAAUUAUGAGGCCAAAAUCAGGAAGGAGGCCGUCGGAUCUUACCAAUUCUUCUGCAUCACCAAUCGACACUGCAUCACCCCCACUAUCGCCACGAAUGAAGUUACCUUCGCUUGCAAUUGCAGGUGAUCUGUUGGCAUCGUCAGAAGCAAUGCUUCAGACGACAACACCCAAGAGCACUAGUACGUCAUUAAUGGACACCGCUGACGAUAUGCUGAUACAAUUAUUGAUCAGUCAAGCAGUCGUCGAUGCGAGAGACUUUGAGAUUUUGUCAAUAGACGAAGUUGAAGAAUUGAAGAAGGACCACGCUUUGCUUAAAACCCGUAUAGCAGCUUUAAAUAAUAAACUCUCACUUGAAACUAAAAUUCGCGAAGCUGCUAAUUCGCUUUCCCGUUUACAUGCAUCAAACAAACGCCUCUCCCGCCAGGCAAAUGAUCAUCUCACUCAGGCAAAUCGUAAAGUGGAUCAUGUAGCCUCUGAGUUAUGGAAACUUACCCAACGCGCGGGCGAAAUUCAGCGCAAGCUGCUUCAACAUAUGGCUGUAAAUAAUGGAAUAGACCACCUCUAUAAUGAAUUGAUGGGACUUGAGGCUAGAAUUGACCCUAAUCUGGCAAAUAAAGUAUCAAGCUUGGAAGCUAAUCUACAACUAGCACACAAAACACUCGGAGAAGCGAGGUUUUCAAUAAAAAGGAAGGACAAGGAAAUCGAAGAGCUAAAAAGCAAAGUUGAUGAUACAAGCUCCGAAGUCAGAGAGCGCACCAUUGUAGAACUGCGUACUGAAUUUGAAGAAGUUUCUAGGAGUUUAGAUAUCAUACUUCGUCACCACAAACAGGCACAAAGAGAUACGGCUUCGUCUACUACCGAUGAAGAAGAGGAUGGGGAUGAAUCAGAUUCCGGAUCGUCAUAUAAUCGCUUAUCCACAAUGACUCAAAGCAUACAGAAUGAGCAGUCUAAAAACAUAACGAAGAACCUCAAAACAUUAGAGAAAAUUCUUGAAAAUUAUCAGUUCAAGUUAUAUCGCAUGGAACAAGAGAUGGUUGCGGUUAAACAGAAUGCAGAAGGAGAUACCAGGUCAAUAGAGUCAAGUCUCUCAAACCUCGCUCAAGAACGUGAUAUUUUAAGGGAAGCAUUGCAAGAACAGCAACGGGCUAGAGAGACGUCAGAGAAUCGGUUAUCUGAAUUAGAAAUCAAGGCUAGGAAAGUUGAAGAUCUAGAAGAACGGAUUCGUGAAUUAGAUGCAGUUAAUGAAGACAGAUUAAUGGCUUCUCAGCAACGACAAGAACUAGAAUCACAACUUGUUCAAGUGAAUCAGGAUUAUGAGAAGUUGUUGAAUUCGCUUCAGAGAGUGUUUGAUGACUUAUCUACUGGAAAAGUUCGAACUAGCUUCAGCAUAGAUGUCUUCUUUUCCAGGAUACGUAACAUUAAGGACGAGAACAAGCGGCUUAUGGACUCUAUCACAAUGCUUCAGACUCAACAAGAGAUGAUGCAGUCUCAACUUGAUAAAGCUAACGAAUAUACUGAUGCAAAAGAAACAUUAGAAGAAACACAGCGCGAAUUAGAAGAUACCAAAGUACGCUUGCAGGACGCUGAAAUUCGUGCACAAGAAGCAAAAUAUGCCGUGAGCUCAUCGUCUGAAAAAGAAUCGGCCCUCCAACAAAAACUUCUCGAAGUUCAAGAGAAAUUUGCCGAGACGAAAGAGAAGGUACGCAAAUAUGAAGCCACUCUUAAACGCCAGAGUAUAAUUCAAGUUAUAAAUGAUGGUCGAUCCAAGCAUGAGGAACUCCAACAACAAAUAGAAGCUCAAGCACAAGAGUAUGAAGCCCAAAUAAAAGAGCUAGAUGGUGUCAUUUCGAGGUUGAGACAAGACAUUACUAAUAUGACGAGUGAACGGGACAAGGCUUCGCAGGUUGUCAAGGAGCUCGAGGAAAUGCUCAGUACAAAGUCUCGUACUCUUGAUCGGCGCGAAGUAACGAUAAACCAUCUUGAGAGCGAUAUUGUCCGCUUCAAAACUGAGCUCGCCGAACUCAAAGCAGCUACUGAUGGUUUGGCCCGGUUUAAUCGUUUGAAUGCUGACGGUGAGACAGCGAAGAUUAAAGCUCAACUCAACGAAGCCGAGGCCGAAAUAAUGCAUUUAAGAUCGGUGAGGGAAAACCUUGAAGCUGAGAAAUCGUCCUUGCUGCAGCAGAUAAGAGGGCUAGACGACAUAUUAGCUGGUGCUCAAGAUCAGUUUGCCCUCCGAGAGCAGAAAUUCGAGCAAUGUAGCGAGAGAUUACAGACAGAAUACGAUGGAAUUCUUCGUGAAUUUGAUCGAUUGACAAAGAAUUUCAUUGACUUUGAUGGCGAGCGGCAGAAGCUUGAGGGAGCAGUUGAUGUCCUGCAAAAGAACUGUGAACGGUUAGAAAAUGAAUUAGCAGACGAGAGAAUCAAACAUCUCGGUGUAGUAGGAAAGGAUCUUCCGACAACCGCUACGCUAAGAAAAGAAUUUAGAAAAAUGAUGGCCGAUUUGAGAAGUGAACAACAAGCAUUAUUGCAUCGUGAGAGGGAGGAAAAGAAGAAGUUGGAGAAUGUUGUGAGGACAUUGAAGAGAGAUAAAGAGGCUGAAAGAUGGGAGAGGAGUAAUAAAGGAACGCAGACAAGAUUUGUCGUUGCCGUUCCAUAG